AUGACCAGGCCAUCGCUGGCAACCCUGCCCGACGACCUCAUCCUCGACAUCGUCCAGCAUCUCGACACAGCCCGCGACGUCGCCCAUCUGGGGGGCACCUCGCGACACGCCCAUGCGGUUAUCAACCAGAGCGGCUGGCGGAGCUUUGUGAGGGCCAAGUUCCCCUCCAUUGACGCUCCCACGGGGCUCCUCGGCGGAUGGAACGCCGUGGCAGACCGCCUGACGUAUCUGGACCGGUGCUGGGACACUCGUGGGUUUCACCUGACGGUGUACGGGGAGAAGUCGCCGGCGCGGCCCAAGAGGAGGGACUUUGCGAGGAGCAGGCAGUCGGUCAACUUCCACUCCGUCAUCGAUGCCACGACGCUUCUGUCGACGCAGGAGGAGCUGCUGGCGUACGGGGCCGGAGAGAACCUGGUGCUCGGACGGAGAGGCGUGAGCGGCAAGGGCCAAAGCCGCUGGAGCAAGCUGGGAGGCCGCGAGACGGGGUAUGCGGCCGGGACGGGAGACGUGACGGCCGUCAGCAUCAUUGAGCGCCAGCGGUUCCCAGAGGUGGUUGUCGGAAGGGCUGACGGUGAUCUCCAACUGCUGGCCGUUGGAGACGAGACGCUGUCAGAGGCAUCUCAGAGCUUUGCUUCCAUACACGACGCCGCCAGUUCAGCAAAAGCUCCCCUGACACGGAGGUCUCCCGGGCAGAGAGCCGUCUCAUGGACGGAGUGGCAGCCCGAGGCGAAGCUGCUGGCAAGCUGCAGAAGCUCCGUCUUGACGCUGUACAAUCUUUCAGAUACCGAGGAGGCGGCGGCGCUGAAACCGGUGCUCUUCUAUGACGUGUCCAAGGAUAGCUCUGCGGAUGAGGUCUCGCUCCUACGCAGCGUCAAGUUCAUGAGCCAGGAUGUGGUUGCCUGCGGAAUUGGUGGCAGCAGUGAGCCUUUGCGAUGGGCCAAGAUUCGACCUACGGGGAUCGAGUUUUUCAAUGCAGCCAGGAAUUUCAAUCUGAGCGAGGACAAGGCCUCUGCGGAGAAGACGACGGUGCGAGCCAUUCAGCCAGUCAAAAGGAUGAACGAGAACCUGCUGCUCAGCGCCUGGGACGAUGGAAGCCAUAGGCUUUCUGAUUUGCGAACCCCUUCAGACCACGAUGUCUUGUAUCGCGAUGGCUUCCAGCCGUACCAAGCGAGCAGCUCCAUGCUCGUAUACGGAUCCGAGCGCUUCGUGGCCGGCAACAACUGCAGCCCCGACCUCCGCUUCUUCGACUUCCGUUUCCCCAAGGCGUACCAUCACACCAGCGCCCUGCCGUGCAGUGCAAACGCGCCUUUCCCCGGACGGCCCUAUCAGUACGGUGCCGUCAACGACCUCGAUGGGCUUCAGCUGGACCCGGUCGACCAGUGCGACUCGUCGUCUGGUCGGACAUGCACCUUCCACCAUCUCUCACGACAGGACAGUUGGCGGCCGGACGCAGUCAUGCACAUCUACUCGUCCUCCAUGGACCGAGUCCACAGCCUAGCCAAAGCAUCAGACGUGUCGACGUCCUUCUACUGCGGCGUCAGAGGAGCCCUCGUGGAGGCGACGUAUGCCGUGGCCGAAGACGUGGACGCGGUUGCUUCGCGCCGGUCGGCGCCGGAGGGGUGGCAGGCCAACGACCCGGAGGGAAGAGCCUCGCUGAUCGAGACGGGCGUGGGCCGCCGGGACGGGGAGUCGCAGCUGGAGGAGCAGACGCAGACGAGGAUGCCGGAGCUGUACUAUUACGAACGGUGGUCGAUUCCAGAGAUGGAUGGUCUGGAAGGGGGAGGAGGGAUGGGGAUGAAGAGAGAGACGGGGCGGCGUCUGGACCCGGCGCUGGUGCCAAGUCGAAGGGGUAGAUGA